GAACGCGCCAGCGUUAACUCGCCACGUUGCCGGACGUUCAUCAGCGGACCGCUGGUGUGCAACACUUACUUGUGGUUGGGGAUAUUUCAAUGACAAUUGAUCAUUCGUCAAAUAAACUCAGAAAAAGCCUUAUCCAGAAACAGACGCAGCCGUCAAAAAUUACUGUUAGUACGGGAAAUCCUUGAAUAUAAUGGAGACUUCAGCCGAACAAGCUGAAGAAAUCGAAGCGUUAAUAGCUAUUUAUGAUCAAGAUUUUAUUGUCAUCGACGAAGCUAACAGAAUCUAUGAAAUCCGCAUUUGCCACCAAAGUGAUUCCUGGUGGUCAGCUACUCUGCAAGUCCUUUUACCGCCACAAUACCCAGACCGGGUUCCCCCUGUAUUCGAAAUUCAUUCCGCCUGGAUGAGUGAUGCUGAUAUGUUUGAAGCCUCAGACUUGUUAUAUACCAUUUACCGAGAACAUCAAGGUCAGAUUAUAAUUUAUCAGUGGGUAGAGGCCUUGAGGACUUUCAUUGAUAAAAAAUUUAAUGAUCAAGAACCGAUUGAUACCAAAGGAUCGAGAAGUGAUGUUUCCCUUAAAUAUCACGGUGAGAACAUCAAAUUAUCAGAAACAAUUGAAGAUGGUGAUUCUGAGAAGGAUCAGACAGCAAAUCUCAGUUGCAAUGGUGAGGAUGCUUUGAAAUUAAUCAGGAGUGAAAGAUCAGACCUGUGCCCAGAGAUUACUCAUGGGGAACCUUUUACAGACAGGAAAAGUACUUUUCAAGCACAUCUUGCUCAUGUUAUAAUACUGGAUCAAGUUUCAGGAGUACUACAAGAGUUAAAGAAAAACCGGAAAGUAAACAAUGCUACCCACAAUGUUAUGGCAUAUAGAAUAUUUUGUAAGGACCGAAACUGUUUUCUUCAAGACUGUGAUGAUGAUGGUGAGGCAGCAGCGGGCUCAAGACUUUUACACCUGUUACAAAUAUUAAAUGUCAGAGAUGUUGUUGUUGUGGUAACCCGUUGGUAUGGUGGGAUUCUUUUGGGGCCUGACAGAUUUAAGCAUUAUAACAACUGUGCACGGAAUUUAAUGAAAGAUGCAGGCCUCAUAGAUAUCAGUCCACAGUUUAAAGAAUCAAAACUUAAAAGUAGAUUUAAACCAGGAAAAAGACAAUAAUGAGUUAGAUCCCAUUGCUGUUUGGUGGGUCAAUUUUAUGUAGAUUUGUGUAAAUUGUUGUUAUAUCUUCCACUUUUCCUUCGGGUGUCUUAGGUACAUAUGUAGUGACAAAAUUUCAUUUGUACCCAUAUUUUAAAGAAAGAAAUUGCUGAGAUAAAUAUGUAUGCCCACAAGUCAAACUGAUGAUAAGUUUGAUGUUGUCAGGCAAAUAACUACGUACAUGUUCCAAGAACAUGGUAUUGCUUUUCAGUCAAUGGACUAUGUAAAGAUGGUCUUCAGCCCUUGAACUAGCACAAUGAACUACGUCGUUAUUGUGUAAUUUUGGCAUGCAAAUUAUCCCCUGUAGAUUGCAGAAAAUAAAAAUUAUAUUGGGUGAAAAAAGAUGUGGCUAAAUGUAUCCACAAUGGCCAUUACUUUAAGAUGCAAGUUAUUACCUGAGAGCAACAACUUGGGGAGGGUUUUUGAGUUAAUGUUGUUUAAAAUUGCAUUAUUUUCCCACAAACUAUAUUUCACAUUGUUUUAUACAGUUGAAACGUUUUACAUAUCAUAUGUCUUUUCAUGUUUUUCUUUAAAAACCCCUUGUAAAAUUUAUUGUGAAUCGAUGAAUGGCUGUAUUUCAUUAACCUGAACAGAGACAAUGGAAGUCACUUGAUGAUAACUUCUGUUAGGUUUUAAGCUGUACAAGUACGUUGCCUGAAGGGAAAUUGUUUCAGUUUAAAAACAGGCAUUGAUUUCGACCAUCAUGGUUUUAAAUGGGGUAUGGUUUGCAAGCAAUCCUCAGCAGGGUAAGAAUGGAUAGCAAAGAAAAAUAAUUGCAAAAAUGUAAUGCUUAAUUUGCCUUCAAUAAAGCUACUAGGAAAUUUGUAUCAAAAAUGACAGAAAGUGAGAGGGGAUUUUAAAGGCUGGUGUGUGAAAUGGGUGUGGAAAAUGGCAUGUUUUGGUUGGAAAUAGGAUCAGGCUUUGGAGUACUGAGAAUUACACCCACACUUAGUAUCCUAUAGAGCAUUUCCCUCAGGAUGUGGUGGUAGCAAUAAUUAAUUUAUAAUUAUCAGCACACUUACUCUAUGUGGCAGUUUAUUGACAAGAGUAAAAUAUUUGCUAUACCUUUGAAAUUUACUGAUUGUAUGGACACUAUUACUAGUGCUAUGUUUUUUGUUUGCACAGCCCAGAUGUUAACUCCAAAAUAAAACAUGACAAGAUUGCUACUGAACCUCAAGCACUAGGAACAGUUUGAAGAAGCUUUUUACUUACUUCCAAUUCUCCAUAUGAAAAGUCACAUGUUGAUCUUGACAGUAACCUGCAACUCAUUACCAUUAUUAGGAUUCAACUGCAGCUCAACGGUAAAUUUGUGUCCCCCAAAAAAUUGGAAGAGUGUAUCAGUUUGAGAGCCAGUACAGUGAACA